AUGAAUGGUCUAUCACAUCUUCAACCACCUGAUUACUCUGAGUCUGAGUUUGUUGAAGUUGAUCCAACUGGAAGAUAUGGCAGAUACAAUGAAAUCCUUGGCAGAGGUGCUUCGAAGACAGUUUACAGAGCAUUUGAUGAGUAUGAAGGGAUUGAAGUUGCUUGGAACCAGGUCAAGCUCUAUGAUUUCUUGCAGAGUCCUGAAGAUCUUGAAAGACUCUACUGUGAGAUUCAUCUCCUCAAGACGUUGAAGCAUAAGAACAUAAUGAAGUUUUACACUUCUUGGGUUGACACUGCGAAUAGGAACAUCAACUUUGUGACGGAAAUGUUCACUUCUGGGACUUUGAGACAGUAUAGACUAAAGCACAAGAGAGUAAACAUUCGUGCUGUGAAGCAUUGGUGUAGGCAGAUCUUGAGAGGGCUUCUUUAUCUCCAUAGCCAUGACCCACCUGUCAUCCACAGAGAUCUAAAGUGUGAUAAUAUUUUUGUGAAUGGGAACCAAGGAGAAGUGAAGAUUGGAGAUCUUGGCCUUGCGGCAAUUCUUCGAAAAUCUCAUGCUGCUCAUUGUGUUGGGACACCUGAGUUUAUGGCUCCAGAAGUGUAUGAAGAGGCAUAUAAUGAAUUGGUUGAUAUUUAUUCGUUUGGUAUGUGUAUCUUGGAGAUGGUCACUUUUGAAUAUCCAUAUAGUGAAUGCACUCAUCCUGCUCAAAUCUACAAGAAAGUUAUCUCUGGCAAAAAACCAGAUGCUUUGUACAAAGUAAAUGAUCCAGAAGUAAGACAAUUUGUUGAGAAGUGCUUGGCCACUGUGUCACUUAGGCUAUCUGCAAGGGAGUUGUUGAAUGACCCUUUUCUCCAAAUUGAUGGUUGUGAAUCCAAUUUGAGACUGUUAGACUAUAGGAGUGAAGUUGAUGGCUUAGGACCUCUAAUGAGGCUACCUUAUUUCAAGCUUCACGACAAUAAUAACUCCUACAGUAAUGGAUACUUGAAUGGUUAUGGCUAUGAGGCUCACAAUGAAUGGAAAUAUCAUCCAGUUGAGGUCGAACCUAGUGGAAUUGAACUUUUCGAGUAUCAUGAUGAACAUCCUGCAAAGGUUGGCAUAAGUAUAAAAGGAAAGAGGGGAGAUGACGGUAGCAUCUUUUUAAGACUCCGAAUUGCAGAUAAAGAAGGUCGUAUCCGAAACAUAUAUUUCCCGUUUGACAUUGAAACUGAUACUGCGAUGAGUGUGGCAACUGAAAUGGUUGCCGAACUUGAUAUCACCGAUCAAGAUGUGAAUAAAAUUGCUGAUAUGAUUGAUGGGGAGAUUUCUUCCUUGGUACCUGAAUGGAGGCCAGGGCCAGGCAUAGUGGAAACACCCAGCUUUGCAAAUCAAACUUUCUGUCACAAUUGUGCUUCCAUCCGUACCUCUAAUGGUUCAUUCAUGGAAUUUUUGUCAAAUAAUCCAUGCUGUAGCAAUGGAUGUACUUCAAUGCAUGGGAGGUUUGGAGAGAUAACAUUUCAAGCGGAUGAAUCUGAGCAUCAUGUAACAGAAAGGGAACCGAACAUACUGAACCAACCGGACUACAUGCACUAUCAGGAAAUUUGGGGUCAACAGGAAAGCCGACAACUUACUCCAGUGGGCUCUGGAAGAAGUCAUUCGGAUGAAGAGUAUGAAAAUUUUGAUCAGUCAAUCCCAGAAAAGGAUACAGAAGAAAUGAAGAUGGAAAACGGAAUUCCUGGGGGAGGGAAAUCAUUUCGGCACUUAACGGGUUCCGGUUCUUUUAGCAGACUGACUUCGUUGUACAAUGAUCUCGCACAGAGUAAUGAGAAUGAAAUCCAGCAGGACUUAAGAUGGCUUAAAGCAAAGUACCAAAUGGAAAUGAGGAAACUCAGAGAUGAACAAAUAGGACUUGCAGUGAAACCUUCAACUUCUAGAAAUGGAGAAGUGAAAACAAGUGAUGGGGUUUCUUCAACUUCAAAGUUGAAUUCAUUUCAAGAAGGCAGCAAUGGAGAUCUCUUGAAAUCUCUUGCUGAGCAGUUUAGUCAUAGCUUGCAUAUUCAAGCCAAUAAUAGCUGCGCCCUUUCAGAUACUCAAAGGCCCCAGAGUCACAAGGUAAUGAAGCAAUCCCCAAGAGCAGAGGAUAUGGUCAAUGCCAAGCAUUUCUGCACUGGACCACUACUUCCUCACUCCCUCCAUAGGACAACGUCCCUACCAGUUGAUGCUGUUGAUGUAUAA